AGGCACAGACCCACUCUUCACCAUCACUCCCACUCCAUUUCCCUUGGGGUUUUUACUUUUUACCAUUGAAGCAAGCCGCCCGCAUGCAUCGCUGCCCCGCACCACCAAGCUCCAAGCAGAAGCAAAUCGCCAAAUCUCUGCAACUUCAUCUGAAGAUUGAGACCCCAGCGAAGUAGCGAACUGAGCGUGAGAGGACAGAUGAGACCUCGAAUCGCUUAUUCUGCUGUUCGUUGAGUCGAAGCGGCGAAGGCUACCCCGCGUCGCCGCCAGUGCCACCGCAAAAUCUUUUUCCAUUUUCGCCAGUCACUACUGUGAGAUCGAAGAGGUGGGACCGAGAGAGAGAGCCCAAAAGUCUGCAAUCCCCAGGUAGUAGCGAGAAAUAUGUUUCUUACAGUCCAGCUGCCCUGGAAUGUCAUAAUACCUGCGGAAAGCCUGGAUGCAAAAGGACUGAUGCUUCAAAGGGCCAUCGUUAUUCGCUUGUUGGAUGAAUUUGCGACCAAGAAGGCCACCAAAGAUAUGGGCUAUUUUCUUGCUGUAACAACUCUGGACAGUGUAGGGGAAGGAAAAGUGAGACAGCACACUGGUGAUGUUCUCUUUCCUGUUGUCUUCACCUGUAUGACCUUCAAGCUUUUCCGGGGAGAGAUCCUCGAGGGAAUUGUGCACAAGAUUAUGAAGCAUGGGGUAAUCCUUAGGUGUGGUCCUGUUGAAAAUAUUUACCUCUCGAAUCAGAAAAUGCGAGAUUACCAAUAUGUUCCAGGGGAAAAUCCAAUCUUUAUGAAUGAGAAGAUGUCAAGGAUUGAGAAAGAUGUGGUGGUUCGUUUCAUUGUGAUUGGGACGAAGUGGUUGGAGGCAGAAAGAGAAUUCCAGGCAUUGGUUAGCCUGGAGGGUGACUUCCUUGGACCUGUUUCUUGAUGUGUGGUCUUUCACUACCUUCUGUUUGGUUUCCUGUUGGUAACAGUGAAAAUGUAUGACAAGAUUGGACACAUUUGUCUUCAAAAAAUACUAUGUUUUUGGGCUUCCA